AUGUCUUAUGACCAUCAGACAGUGUCCAUCCAUCGCUUGAAACUCAAGAACAACCUACGUUUACGGCGCCGGGGCCGGCUGUCCUACACAAGCAUGGCGGAGGCACGUUCCAGUUCGACGUGCACGAGCCCAGGCACAGAACACCCGCGUUUAAGUCUUAGUAGAUUGCCGAGUAGCACCGAUAAGCCUCACCCAACGUCAUCACAGGUCUGUUACGCGGGCCUGGAGUGGUCGCACGAGCACGCUGACCAGUUCGCCAUGGACACGAGAGCCGCAUCGCCACGACAGGCGAAAACCUGGCCGCUGUGUGUGGGCGUUAAGGGCAAGAGAUCAAGGCCUGUGGCCGCACCUGCAAACGCAGGUUCUUAUCUAUCCGAUGUUGGACGAUCGGAUGAUGCUCCUGCUUUUGUGGAACAUGGAUGA